AAAUUCAGAAUAGCAUCGAAAGCUAAACAUGUCGCACAACGACUUAUACAGGAUGGUUGAAAAAACUUGCAUCAAUGUUCCUUCUUCAGCUUUGCAAAGGAAGAAAAGCAAAGAUUGCUUGAAUAAUUUACUGAAAAAGAAGGAGCCGCAAUUUGGUAUCAUUUUUGACGUUGAUGGAGUUCUGGCAAGAGGAACUUUAGCCAUACCGAGAGCAAUCGAGGGUAUGAAAUUACUACAAGAUGACAAAGGCCAUUCAAGAGUUCCAAUGUGUUUUGUAACAAAUGCAUUAAAUAGAGAUGAAGAUAAGGCUAAACAAAUUUCUGGAUGGUUUAAUAUGCCAGUUGCAAAAGAGCAAUUAGUUCAAGCUCCAGGCCCAUUACGAAUGUUUACGAAACUUCACAACAAAUUCUGCCUGGUUAUUGGUCAAGGAAGAGUAAAAGAAAUUGCUAGAGACUUAGGAUUUAAGAAGUUCUGCACUUUAGACCAAGUAUCCGAUGCAUAUCCGCUAUUGGAUAUGGUGGAUCAUGGAAAUAGGAAAAAAAUUGCUGAAUUUGGCUACGAGGAAAAAGGGAUGAAUCGUGUUGAAGCCAUUAUUCUGCUAGGCGAACCCAAAAAUUGGUCAUGUGCCCUUCAAUUAAUAAUUGAUUUGCUAAGAUCAUCGGGAAAACCCGAUCAAGCACCCGAAGAACCUCCAGAACGACAUAUACCCGUAAUAGCUUGUAAUAUGGAUUUACAAUUUAUGGAUAGAGCUACAAUUCCUCGUUUUGGUCAUGGUGCUUUCCUCCUUUGUCUUGAGGCUUUAUACAAGAAGAUAACUGGCUACGACCUUCAAUAUACUGCCUUGGUUGGUAAACCUUCUGAGACCACCUUCCGCUACGCUGAACAUUGCUUGACCAUCCAUGCUAAAAAAUUAGGCUUUACAGAGCCACUGAAAACUAUCUAUGUUGUUGGAGAUACUCCCGACAGCGAUAUUGUAGGAGCCAACUUAUAUCAGAGAUACGUGAGGAGGAUGGAAGAGAGACGAAAAAAUAAAGCUGAUCCAAGUGCUGACCCCUCUUAUGACCCAGAAUUGCCGCAAUGUCGCAAUGUUCCGGCUGACGCUCAUUUGCACCCUCAGAGCGUUGAUAACGUUGUACCGUUGCUUGUCUGCACUGGGGUUUUUAAACCAGGUGAAAAUAAGUAUAGAGAGAACGAAGAAAAGUUCUAUCAUGGACAUAGAGACUUUGCUCCAAAUCCUGCUCUCUACAAACCAACUAGGACACAGAAUGACGUAUGCAACGCUAUUGAAUAUGUUUUGGAGAAAGAAGGUAUCGCUUAA